AAGGCUGACGCUCUAUCCACUGAGCCAAACCAGUUAGGGCAGAGAUGUAGUCCUUCUUAAUGCGCCCUGUAUCUCUUCCCCUAAGAUGUAAGCCCGUUCCAAAUCGUCCAGGAGUGGACGGGGUUGGAUAGUUCUGUACUUCACAAUUAACCAGGAAUGGGAGGUUUGGGCAAAUUUGCUUGAUGAAGAAAAAUCUAGCUUCACUCAUUCAAUUCAUUUAACAAUUAUCGAGCACCUACUACAUGCCAGGCAUUAAGAGCCUAGAUAGUUUCUUCCCAUUUUUCAAAGUCCCUAAAAGCAACCAGAGGGCAGAGGGUAAGCCCGGAACCUUGGAAUUCCGGCUCUGCCCCUUCUGCGUUUGGCCUUGCUUGCUCCUCCCAUCACCACUUCACUCAAAAUCAUCCACUGGCCCAAGGCAAUAAAAGAAGCCAGCCUCUGCAGCAUCAUCACGUUCUUUAGACUCGGGUCUCAAGCCCUAUAGCGGAGAAGGCGAGAUCUAAUGUUACAGCACCGUUCUGUUCCGCCCUCCGUUUCGGUAUCUGUCUCGAACGCUUUCCGAUAGGAUCCUCAGUGAGACGGCACUCGAUUGAAUCGGUCUGUCACUACUGCCCAAGGAGGCGGGUUCGCGGCAGCUGUUCCUAAGCCUAAGCGAGAAGACCUUACUGCGCACGCGCAGUAGACAGCCGAAGGAGCCACCGAUGGAGCCGUCCGGAGGGGAGCAAGAGCUGGGAGCCGUCAGGCUCCUGGACCUGCCUUGGGAAGACGUGCUGCUCCCACACGUCCUGAGCCGGGUUCCGCUGUGCCAGCUGCUCCGGCUGCAGCGCGUCAGCCGCGCCUUUCGGGCCCUAGUGCAGCUGCACCUGGCGGGGCUGCGCCGCUUCGACGCCGCUCAGGUGGGUCCGCAGAUCCCGCGGGCCGCAUUGGCUUGGCUGCUGCGGGACGCCGAGAGGCUGCAGGAGCUGGCGCUGGCGCCGUGUCACGAAUGGUUGUCGGACGAGGAUCUGGUGCCGGUGCUGGCGCGGAAUCCGCAGCUGCGGAGUGUGGCGCUGGCCGGCUGCGGGCAAUUGAGCCGCCGCACGCUGGGGGCGCUGGCCGAGGGCUGCCCCCGGCUGCAGCGCCUAUCGCUGGCGCAUUGUGACUGGGUAGACGGGCUGGCGCUGCGGGGCCUCGCCGACCGCUGUCCGGCCCUUGAGGAGCUGGACCUCACCGCCUGCCGUCAGCUCAAGGAUGAGGCCAUCGUGUACCUGGCGCAGAGGCGCGGCGCAGGGCUCCGAAGCCUCUCUCUGGCGGUCAACGCCAAUGUGGGGGACGCUGCCGUCCAGGAGUUGGCUCGAAACUGCCCAGAACUCGAGCACCUCGACCUGACCGGCUGCCUCCGCGUUGGAAGCGACGGUGUCAGGACUUUGGCGGAAUACUGCCCUGCGCUGCGCUCGCUCCGAGUGCGGCACUGCCACCAUGUGGCUGAGCCCAGCCUGAGCCGCCUGCGGAAGCGCGGCGUGGACAUCGACGUGGAACCGCCGCUGCAUCAGGCCCUGGUGCUGCUGCAGGACAUGGCAGGCUUUGCGCCCUUUGUCAACCUGCAGGUCUGACCCACCCACUGAUGAGGCACAGCUGGACUGUGUGUCCGGGCCUGACUAUGAACUGUAGGAAACGACUGUGUGGGCCUCUGGUGAGAGGCCAAUGCCCUACCCCACCCUGGAGCUUCAAAUAAAGAGCUUUUUACCCCG